AAAAAAAUUGUUGUGGGAGUUUAAAGAAGAAUCGAGCGAGGGGAGGAGGAGGUGAUUUGUUUAAGUGACUUCAUUACAGCGGUUGAAGAAAGUCAUACAUGCUCUCUCUGCAUUACAGUAAAUGCCAGUUCAGCUAUAGCUAUCUAUAGCUUGUCUACUUCUGUCUCCAGCACUGUAACUACCUGCAAUCCUAAAGAACCCAAAGACAGCAUUCCCAGACCAGAACUCAAAACUCACCCAUCCUGGACAAAUGGACAGCUUUGAGAAUUCUCAUCAGGAGAGUAAAGACAGAAUUCCCAAGGACAAUACCACAAACUGUGGAAAACAGACAAGUAACAGUCAAGUUUAUGAAACUGAUAGACCAUCCAAGCGGCUUCGAAGGAAAAGGAAGUUGCUUUUAGAUUCUGAAGAUGAAGAAGAAAAUGCAGAUGAGGAGGAGGAAAAGAACAAAUUGAAUCUGAAAAACCGCAGGAAUGCUAAACCAGUUAAGCAAGUUCUUCCUGGAAAGAAGAAUGUUUGGAACUGGAUGACAUAUUUAGAUGAAGAACGAAUGCCAGCUGCUCCCUUGAAACUUUUCAAAGAGUCUCAGUCCUUUCCACAAAGCAAAAAUGGAUUUAAAGUUGGAAUGAAGCUUGAAGGACUGGACCCUGAGCAUCCAUCUUUAUUUUGUGUCCUUUCUGUUGCUGAGGUGCAGGGGUACCGAAUGCGAUUACAUUUUGAUGGUUAUUCAGAGUGCUAUGACUUCUGGGUUAAUGCCGAUUCACCAGAUAUCCAUCCUGUUGGCUGGUGUGAAAAAACAGGUCACAAGCUUCUCCCUCCUAAAGGUUACAAAGAUGGGGAAUUUAACUGGGCUGCAUACUUGAAGAACUGCAAAGCUCAGGCUGCCCCAAAAACUCUGUUCAGGAUCUUAAGCACACCAGUCACACCUUCUGGUUUUCGGGUGGGGAUGAAGUUAGAGGCAGUAGACAAAAAGAAUCCUUCCUUGAUGUGUGUAGCAACCAUUGCAGACAUGUUGGAUAAUCGGCUGCUAGUUCAUUUUGACAACUGGGGUGAAAGUUACGAUUACUGGUGUGAUGCUAGUAGUCCAUAUAUUCGACCUGUUGGUUACUGCCAAGAAACUGGAACUCCCCUAACACCACCAGCUGCAUACAAGGAAUUCAAAAGCUUCUCAUGGGAGAAAUACCUGGAAGAAACUGGUUCUCAGGCAGCACCAGCAAGGGCAUUUAAACUGCGCCCAGCUCAUGGAUUUCAAACUAACAUGAAACUAGAAGCUGUGGACAAAAGAAACCCCAUGCUAAUUAGAGUGGCAACCAUAAUUGAAAAGGAUGAUUAUCGUGUCAAGAUACACUUUGAUGGCUGGGAUCAUACCUUUGAUUUUUGGGUUGAUGCCGACAGUCCAGACGUUCAUCCCAUGGGUUGGUGUGCCAAAACUGGACAUGCCUUGCAGCUCCCACCAGGGACAGCCGAUGCAGCAUCAGUGCCGGCGGGACAAAUAUGCCCUACUCCUGGUUGCCAGGGAUUGGGUCAUGUCAGGGGACCCAGAUACGGAACUCAUUACACGUUAAUUGGCUGCCCUUAUUCUGAAACCAGUCGCACCCGCGAGAGUUUGCUGCAGGAUCGCCUUGGUGGAGAAAAACCGUCACCUGGUAGCGGUGCUCCGAAACCCAAGAAACCUGACAUUUCUGUACAACUUACAGAUUUGCAAGAAGAUUCUCCACAAUCCAGAAAGUCAUCCACGCAAGAAGGAGAGAGGUCAGGGAGAAGCAGUGUUCAUAGUCUUUCUGAACAGUCUGAGACCAGCCAGGAGAAGGACUGGGCCGAAGGGGAAACAUCUACUAUUACUAAAAUCAAAGCAAAGGGGAUUGGUUGCUCACAUAGCUAUAUAAAGCUCCAGCUAGUGAAGCAGGAGGCUGAUGAUGAAAGAGACACUGCAUUUGCUCUGCAGCAGGCCCUCCACCAGUCUGUCUUCAUGCCUUCCCUUUCUGCCAAUCCAACCCACCGUCUCCAUCUCUGCUGGGAGCAACACUGCAAACUGCUGCCGGAGGUUUCGGGCCUCACCGCUAAGAAUGUGGCCAAAUGGAGCGUGGAAGAGGUGGCUGGCUUCAUCCAGCGUCUGCCUGGUUGCAAGGAGCAGGCCGCACUCUUCCGACAAGAGCAAAUUGAUGGUGAAGCCUUCCUCCUCCUGAAUCAGUCAGACAUCGUUAAAAUCCUUAGCAUCAAGCUGGGGCCUGCACUGAAAAUAUAUAAUGCGAUCCUCAUGUUCAAGACAGCAGAAGAAGACUGAUUGAGAAAUUCUCUAGGACCAGGCUGGGCCAGGGGAAAUGGCUGUGAAAGGCCUGCAAGUGCAGGUCAACAGCAGAGCGCCCAGUCUCCUGUUCCUAAAGACCGAGUUGAUUGGAACCUUGGAAAGAAAGUGGCCAGAUCGUAUUUCACAUGGUUGUGGACAGAGAAUACUGAAAGCAUUCUGAAAUUCAGUCCCUUUGGCAGCUUGGAACGGAUGUGAUGGCUUCCCUUCUAGGAAGAGAUGUUUAUUUUUUUUUCCUAAUUGAAUUUGGUUAUGGUUAUAUUGAUCUUUUGUAAAGAUCUUGAUGAUGCCUCUAGUUAUAAGAGGAAUCCUGAGUAUUUCUAUUGAUGGGAAGCUAAAUUCAAGCAAGCUCACUUACCUAUUGAUAGUGCCUAAAAGAGAGUCCAGCUUACCAUUGAUGUGCUUCUACAUGUACAAAACUUACAACUGGGUUUAAGAGAGUAAGGGAAGAGUGAGAUACUUCAAAGAAGUGCAGUUGAAUUACUCAUCAAACUCCUUUGUUUGUACCAGGCUAGUUUUAAACCUUGUUCUUUUAUCUUGUUUAGCUAUUUAAAUAUUGGCAAUUAAUAUUUGAUGAAUUGGAGAAAUGAGGUCCAUCUCCAAGUAGAUUAAUUUUCAGGUUAUUAUACCUGUUUUGCACACUGCAUAAUUUCAGAGUUCAAAAUAUUAAAUUAAAACUGUUAAAUAAAGACCACUGGAUAUGGUUCCACCAGAAGGUAGACCAGCUAUUUAGAUGUUGGAUCAGAGUAACAAAAAACUAUGCGACUGUGUUUGUUGUUUUGUUUUGUUUUUUUUAAGUUCCUAUCUUCCUGCAGGUCAGUGCAAGGUGGAAUUAGGUAUAUACGGGGCACAUCCAGCUUUGUCAUGAUAUAUAUUUCUGGCAAAGUUUUUGGUUUUUUUGUAAAACAAAUACUAAUGGUCCCUAUUUCUUUGUUUUUGAAAGUACUGUUGUUUUACACACAGGUAUAUUAGCUUGAAUCUUUCUCAUUUUAGGUUGGAAAGAGCUAAGCAUACCGGCCACAAAGCAUUGCCUACCAUUUCAGUAGUGUGGUGUGGGAGUUUCUCAAGUCUUGCUGAAAUAAAAUGAAUUGCAUCUGCAUAGCAGUA